AUGUUGCCGAUUUUACUAUUGUUUCUGAGCCUUUACGGAGUUAAGUGUGAACCAGAAACUGUGAGAGACAAUUUCGACUAUUUCAGUUAUGGGAACGAAGAGAAUAUUUUGAAGAAUCUCGAUUUACACGCUCCGAAAGAUGACAUAGUACUAAGACCUCAAGAGGUCAAGGACUGGCCUCAACAGUCGCUGAAUGUAGGACAAAUUACAGCUGUGUCCAUCAAUUCUUUAGGCCAGCCUGUUAUAUUUCACAGAGCUGAGAGAAUAUGGGACGAGAGUACAUUCAAUGAAUCAAAUGUAUACCAAAAUCUGGACAAAGGACCAAUAAUUGAAGAUACGAUUCUCGUGCUUGAACCGCAGACUGGUUCGGUUCUUCAUAGCUGGGGAGCAUAUUCGUUUUAUAUGCCGCAUGGCUUGACUGUUGAUCAUCAUGAUAACGUUUGGGUGACGGACGUAGCGAAACAUCAGGUUUUCAAGUACACACCUAACAACCACAAAUAUCCGACUCUAACGAUUGGGGAGGCUUUCACGGCUGGCUACCCUUACAGACGACGGGUACUUUUGUGUAUGCCAACAUCAGUAGCCAUCGCAACGACUGGCGAAAUAUUCGUAGCAGAUGGAUAUUGCAAUAACCAGAUACUGAAGUUCAACGCUGCUGGUACCCUGCUCUUGGCAAUCCCAUCUUUCUCAGACACCCUGACAUUAAAUCUACCACACAGCGUAACGUUGUUGGAACAUUUGGACAUAGUCUGUGUAGCUGAUAGAGAGAACAUGAGGAUUGUGUGCCCGAAGGCCGGUUUGAAGAGUUAUGCGAAGCUACUGGAGCCAGCGACUGUUAUUGAAGAUCCAACGCUGGGUAGAGUGUUUGCUGUGACGUCACAUGGUGAUAUGAUCUAUGCUGUGAAUGGACCGACUGCUCAGAACAUAGCUGUUAGGGGAUUCACCGUUAACGCUGUGAGCGGGAAUAUUUUGGACUCUUGGGAACCAAGCACAGGCUUCACAAAUCCCCACUCUCUAGCGGUCACUAGGAACGGAUCUCACCUCUACAUUACAGAAAUAGGACCUAACAAAAUCUGGAAGUUCGAGUUGACCGACGUUUACGACAAGAAAUAA